CAUAAUCUAACAGGCAUCUUUGAAUUUUACCUUCUGGGACUCUCAGACUCUCCCGAAAUCCAGCCGCUGUUAUUCUGUCUGUUUCUGACCAUGUACCUGAUCAGUGUAAUGGGGAAUCUUCUCAUCAUCCUGGCUGUCAGCUCUGACCCUCACCUCCACACGCCUAUGUACCUCUUCCUCUCCAUCCUGUCUGCAGCUGACGUCGGUUUUAUCUCCACAACCAUCCCCAGGAUGAUCUGGGACAUUCAGACUCAGAGAAGGGUCAUCUCUUACACAGGCUGCUUGGUUCAGUUGUCUUUUUUUAACUAUUUUGGGUGUUUAGACAGUGCGCUCCUAGCUGUGAUGGCAUAUGAUCGUUUGGUAGCCAUCUGUGACCCCCUGCACUAUACAGUCACCAUGAACCCUUGUCUUUGCAGCCUACUGGUUUUCCUGUCUUUGUUCUUCAGCUUGUUGGAUUCCCAGGCACAUUUUUUCAUGACAGCCCACCUUACCUUUGACACAAAGGUGGAAAUCCCUCAUUUCUUCUGUGACCCUCCUCAACUCAUCAGACUUGCGUGUGAGGAUGUCUCCACCCAGAUGAUAUCAAUGUAUUUUACUAGCGCCAUUUUUGCUGGACUUCCGGUUUCAGGAAUUCUUUACUCUUACAGGAAAAUCAUUUCCUCUAUUUUGAAAGUCUCUUCAAAAGAGGGCAAGUACAAGGCUUUCUCGACCUGUGGUUCUCACCUGUCUGUGGUUGGUCUAUUUUAUGGAAUAGGUCUUGGUGUGUACCUGGGUUCUGUAGUCUCACAUUCUCCCAGGAGAGAUGCUAUUCUUUCAGUGUUGUACACAGCGCUUGUCCCCAUGUUGAACCCUUUCAUCUACAGUCUGAGGAACAGGGACCUCAAGAGGGCUUUGAAGAAGCUCAUCAACCAGACAGACACCUAUUUAUAUUUGAAAAGAGUAUGGUCGGGAGUUGGGCUGUAG